AUGAUGACGACCUCCCCUCCACAUGCUUGUGCUCGGUGGACGACGCGACCGUCUCUUCCUCACCUCACCUCACCUCAGGCUAGUGGCGUCCAGAUCAAGUGGAUUCGUCAAUGGCCUCGACAGAUGCAGUCUGAUUGCCAUCAUGAAGGCUCCUUCUCCACAACCACACACGGGAAGCCAUGGAAGCUCCAUGUGCUUGUUCUCCAUGGAGGUCAGCAGCUGCCAUGCCGCGAUGGAAGCAAGUCCCAGAGCUCGUCAAGAUAACUAGUGUCGCCGAUCUGCCAAGCAUAUGAUUCCAAAGCAUCUUGUCAUCAGUGACCUACUUCCACUGGGACCUGACUGCCAUCCGACAACACGUGAGCCAUACCGGACAUCGUU